AUGCCAGGGAUACCUGGUUAUUCAGGUCCUCCAGGUCUUCCAGGUGAACCAGGAAAUGUUGGUCUGCCAGGAUGGCCAGGAAUACCAGGAUAUAAUGGAACCAAGGGUGACCAGGGAUUCCCAGGGAUUCCGGGGCCAGGAGGACUUCCAGGAUUACCAGGUCCUAAAGGCAUCAAAGGAGAGAGGGGGUAUCCUGCAAUUGGCUAUGAUGAGGGUGACAGAGCUAGAGGUGAUCCUGGACUUCCAGGAAUGCCUGGCUCUCAGGGUGAGCCAGGACCUCAAGGAUUACCAGGUGAAGUUGGAACAGAGGGCCCUCCAGGAUUUCCAGGAGAACAAGGAAGAUCUGGAUUGCCAGGGCCCAAGGGUCUCAUGGGUGUUAAAGUCAUUGGAGCCAAAGGUAGAAAGGGUGACAGUGGAUUAAUGGGCCCCCCUGGACCACCAGGAACUGUUAUUGUAACACUAACUGGAGCUGAAAAUACAACGGAAUUAAAAGGAGCUAAAGGAGAAAGAGGAUCACAGGGACCCUCUGGACCACCAGGAGAAUCAGGUUUACCUGGUGAUUUUCAAAGUGAACGGGGAGAUAAAGGAGAGCCAGGCUCUGAGGGUAAGCCUGGAAAGGACGGCAUCCCCGGUCCACCUGGCUCACGGGGAGCAAAAGGUGAUCAAGGUUUGCAAGGAUUGUCUGGAAAAGCUGGAUUAAAGGGGAGUAAAGGUGAAGUUGGCCGACAAGGAAUUCAGGGUCCAACAGAGUAUUACAAUGAGAUGCCUGGUGAAAAAGGAAAUAAAGGCUACACUGGGCCUCCAGGACCUAAAGGGCAGCCUGGAAGACCUGGGCUAAGAGGUCCUCCCGGGGCAACUGGUAGGCCAGGUGUUUCAAGACCUGGUCCAAGUGGUCCACAAGGUGGUUCAGGCCUCAAAGGAAAUAAAGGAGAGAGAGGGAAGCAUGGCACAAAUGUUAUUGGUCCACCAGGAUUUCCUGGAUCUCCAGGUAGACCUGGCCAACCAGGAUUGCCAGGUUCCCCAGGAAAACAAGGUACUAUAACUUUAACAAAAGGAGAACCAGGACCAUCUGGGAAUCCAGGAUGCACGGGUUCUCCAGGACUUCCAGGAGAAAGUGGAGCUAAAGGUGAAAAAGCAGGCCCGUGUAACCAGUGUACCUAUGUUAUUGGAGCACCUGGCCCUACUGGUAUUCCUGGACCAGAGGGCCAACAAGGAGUCAAAGGUGGGGAAGGAAAAGUUGGCCCUAAAGGAUCUGAAGGAGCCCCUGGGUCUCGGGGGCCUCCUGGAAUUCAAGGUCUUCCUGGUCUUCCAGGAGAACAGGGUCUUAAAGGAUUGAAAGGUCUUCCAGCGUAUGCACCAUCAGAAGGUCCCAAAGGAGACAAAGGAGAAGCAGGUCACAGAGGAUGCACAGGAGAAAAAGGUGCAGAUGGGUUACCUGGAAAAACUGGGUUGAAAGGUUCAAGAGGAUAUGUGGGAGAAAAGGGAUCUGAUAGUCCAAAAGGGGACAGAGGUCCUCCAGGAACAAUUGGUAGGCCAGGUCUUCUUGGAGAGGUAGGGUUGCAUGGACCACCAGGAUAUGGACUUCAUGGAACAGAAGGCCCUAAAGGAUCUCAAGGAUUUCCUGGUUUGCCUGGGUUACAUGGAGUAGCUGGCCCCCAAGGUGAACCUGGUAAAGUAAAUGCAAUUCCUGGACCUCCUGGACUUCAGGGGCCAGAUGGUAGAUCUGGAAUACAAGGAGGAAGAGGCAGUGAUGGAUCCAGAGGGCAGCGUGGAAACCCAGGCCUCCCAGGACUGAAAGGUAAUCCUGGCUUAGCAGUGAUUGGACCUCCUGGGAAACCUGGUCUAAAAGGCGACAAAGGACCUCAGGGACCUAAAGGAAUACCAGGCUGCCCAGGAAAAUUAGGAGAACCAGGAUUACCUGGAAAACCUGGAAUCCCAGGAGAAAAGGGAGAACCAGGUCCAGUUGUUCCUGAACAACAAGGAAGACCAGGUUCACCAGGAGAAGAUGGCUUGUCAGGUGAAAAGGGUGAAAGAGGGUUCCCAGGACUUCCAGGUCAACAAGGUCAACCAGGUCAUGAUGGAGCUGAUGGGCCAAGAGGAGAUCCUGGAACCCCUGGCAUUCCAGGAGAAAAGGGUGUUCCAGGAAAAAUGGGAGAAUGUCUUACUGGUUUACCAGGACCAUCAGGCCCAUGUGGAAUUAUAGGCCCACAAGGAGCCAAAGGUGUUCUCGGACCCCAAGGAGACCCAGGCAUUCCAGGAUUAGACAUCCCAGGGUCCCAAGGACAAUAUGGGCUACCAGGAUUACCUGGCCUUCAAGGAAGUGAAGGGCUUCAUGGCAUCAAAGGCCAGGCUGGCCGGCCAGGAAUAUCAGGAACACCAGGCCCAAGAGGAGAAAGAGGCUUAAUGGGCCCUGUGGGUAUUCCUGGAUUACUUGGAGUCUCUGGACAUCCAGGUAUCCCUGGAAGCAAAGGUUUUCCUGGCCUUCCAGGGCCAAGAGGAAGAAAGGGAUCUUCUGGGGGCGAAGGGAUGCCUGGAAGCCUGGGACCCAAAGGGGAAAAAGGAGAGCAAGGUGCACAAGGAUGCAUGGGUCUUCGUGGGCCGCCAGGAACGCCAGGUCCAUCAGGUUCCAAAGGCGAUAAAGGGCUUCCUGGAAUUCCUGGGGCACAAGGACAGCCCGGAGCCCCAGGAGACAGAGGGGACAUGGGAGUACCAGGUCCUAAGGGUGAACAGGGUUCUUCAGGUUUGCCUGGACCUGUCGGUAAACCAGGGCCAUCUGGCCUUUUUGGUGUUCCAGGGGAUAAAGGAGAACCAGCUUGUGCUACACCAGGAAAUCCAGGACCCAAGGGCAAUCCAGGUCCUCCAGGAGAAAGGGGAAGAGAAGGCGAAAGUGGAUCACCAGGGAUACCAGGCCUUGUAGGCGAACCUGGACUUCCUGGGAAAAGAGGGGAUUCUGGUUUACCAGGAAUUCCAGGGCACCCAGGAUAUGCAGGUGAUAAGGGUGAUAAAGGGCGAAAAGGAUUGCCAGGACAAAAUGGCAUCAGAGGUCCUCCAGGUCCAACUGCAUUACCAGGUGACAAUGGACCAGCUGGUGAGAGGGGUAAUCAGGGACAUGAUGGUAUUCCUGGUUCCCCAGGUGAAAAGGGAGCACAAGGUUCUCCAGGCCAAGGAGCUCCAGGUUCUCAAGGCCUACCUGGUCCUAAAGGUAUCAAAGGAGAUAUGGGAAUGGCUGGUUUUCCAGGACUGCAAGGUGCUAAAGGUCUUAUGGGGGACCAAGGACCAAGUGGACCUCCUGGCUUACUUGGAGAGGCAGGACUUCCAGGGGAACCAGGGACAGCGAUUAGUGGUCCAAAAGGAAAUAGAGGCCCCACUGGCCCAGAUGGAAAGCCAGGUGUACCUGGUAUUCCAGGACCUGAUGGGCCAUCUAGCUAUAGUAUUAAAGGAAGUAAAGGUGUUCAGGGAAAAGAUGGCUGUCCAGGACAUCCAGGACCUAGAGGUGAUGUUGGUCUACCUGGUCCCCCAGGAGUUGAUGGUAUCCCUGGGUAUCAAGGCCCUAGAGGUGAACCAGGUUUUCAAGGACCUCCAGGCCGAAAAGCAGAAAAAGGCAAUCGUGGACCAUCUGGACCAAUGGGAGUGGCAGGGCCUAGGGGACCAAAGGGACCACCUGGUCAGCCUGGACCACCUGGGCAUGCAGUCUGUUUCCCAGGAAAUCCAGGACCACCUGGACCUCCAGGAAUCCCAGGAAAUCCAGGCGAUCCAGGUCCCAAAGGGCUAUCUGGACCACCAGGGCCUCCAGGUAUGAAAGGUCAGCCAGGCAGACUUGGGAUUUCCGGUAGACCUGGACCACCUGGGCCAAAAGGAGACAAAGGAUUUAAAGGACAAAAAGGUUUCCCUGGAUUUCUUGGUUUACCUGGUAUAAAGGGACCACCUGGAAACCCAGGAAUAUACUUACCUGGGACAGCAGAAAGCGGCUUCAUCUUUUCACGUCACAGCCAAUCAACCAAAAUUCCCUUAUGCCCGCCUGGGACCACUCAAAUCUAUAGCGGUUAUUCUCUUCUUUUUGUACAAGGGAAUGAGCAAGCACAUGGGCAAGACCUUGGAACAACAGGUAGCUGUCUUCAAAGAUUUACCACCAUGCCCUUUUUAUUUUGCAAUCCCAGUAAUGUGUGUCGCUUUGCUUCUCGCAAUGACUAUUCAUACUGGUUGUCAACUGCAGAACCAAUGCCAGCUGAUAUGGCACCAAUUUCUGGGAAAGCUUUGGAGCCCUAUAUUAGCAGGUGCAUUACCUGUGAAGGCCCCGCAAUGGUAAUAGCAGUCCACAGUCAAACAACUUCAGUCCCACCAUGUCCUGAAGGCUGGCAGUCUCUUUGGAAAGGAUUUUCUUUUGUUAUGUAUACAGGUGCAGGCUCAGAAGCAUCUGGACAAGCGCUAGCCUCCCCAGGAUCAUGUUUAGAAAAUUUUUAUGCCAUCCCGUUUAUAGAAUGUCAUGGCAGAGGGACGUGCAAUUAUUACUCAAACUCCUACAGUUUCUGGCUGGCUUCAUUAAAUUCAAGAAGAAUGUUCAGGAAACCAUUGCCACAAACUGUGAAAGGUGGAGAACUGGAAAAAAUCAUCAGCCGCUGUCAAGUCUGCAUGAAAAGAUCAAACUAA